AUGACGAAGGGAUAUGUCAUUAAGGGGAAACGAGAGAAGACAGUAGGAGAGAACAAAGUCAAGGCUGUGAUCUCCAACUUCACCAGUGCCAUUGAUUAUGCCAAACCACCCAGACAGGAGCCACCAGUCUACAGGGCUGGCAAUGAGAAGCAGGAUGACGACAAGUCCGAACUGAUGAUGCCAAGGAAAGGAGGAAAGAAAGGGAGAGAAGGAGAGACAGAGGAGAAGAACAAGAAACCAGAGUUCUCCAAUGAUGUCCGGUCUUUCGCUAUUGUCCUGAUGGAGAUGAUGGCUUGGUUAAAGCAGAAGCAAGUUGAUCAGGGUUUGGAUCAAGACAAUGCUGUUGGCUACAAAGGCCAUAUCCUUUGGGAUAAACCUGAUCAAGGGUCAGUCAUCGGAGCGAGACUUGCUGGUGAGGGAUGUGUCAAAUCAGUAAGGGGUGUCCCUAGUGUUUUUUACUCCCCUAAUGUCAGUCAGGAGAGACUGGAUAUUGAAGCUGGUCAACUCUUGAGUGAUGGAGCAGGAAGUGGAAAGGAAGGGACAGAUGAUAGGAAUGGCACACCAAGUCCAAAGAGGAUUUACUAUGCAAAUCAGGGUUACGCUGUAGAGGAUAUGCGAGCCAGGAGGGCAAUGAGUGAUGCUGGAGUUUAUCGUAAGAUUUUGAAUAAGAGAAUGGACCGAACAAACCUCCCUCCAAGACCCAAAAGUGGUGUUGCUGAUGUUCCUUCAAGAGAAAACCUUGACAGUACAUAUGUUGGACAUGUAAAGGGUAAGAAAGGAGGUAGCAGGGAAGAUGAUGCAGAGAGGUUGAUAAAACCAGAUGAUGGUGAUGCUCAUGGUUACCAUAGUAACAGACAUGGAGGAAUGGUAUCUGAUUACAAUAAAAAUAAUUUAACAGGAGAUGGAAGCUGCUUGAAGGACAAUCCGCGACUAGCGGCAACAUUUCCACGACGUUCAAUGAUGUCAUCUGAAAUCCUGAAGAGCGAAAAGCGGCACAGCUUGUGUAGCAGUGAUAGCGGGAUAUCAUCACCUCGAAACUCUAUGAGAAGUACUAAUAAGUGUGGACAGAGUAAAAAAGCAGAUGCUCACUUGAUAGAACUGAAUGACAGGGUAGAAUCAGCUCUCUCUGACAGUGAAGCCACUCGAGGUACAGCGGUUUCAAAGUUGAGAGGCAUGUUGGAUGCAACUGCUCAGAAUUUGAAGGUCAGUGAAGGGUCUACUGAUGGAGAUUCUUGCCAUGAGGAUGACUCCAUGAUAGAAUAUGGACCGAAUUUCAGAAACAAUCAUAGGAGAAAACCCAAACAGCAACACUCUUGUCCAAGUGACACAGGAAGUGAUGACUCCAAAUCUGAUGUUGAAAAAUCAUAUCGGUCAAGAGUAAAAUCAUGUGACCAAAGUGAUACAGAAAAAGAGACAGAUUAUGAAAGUGAUAGAAGGAGAGGUAGUGGAGAUGGAGCAGAGACGCGCUCCACGAGUUCCCUCUCCAAGUUCUAUGUCCGCAAAAAGUCAUUGACGCCAUUCACAGCAGGGAUCCCAGAAUCGCUGACCCCACCCUGCAGUCGACCUGUCAGUAGGGCCAGCAGUGCGGCUUCCCUCCUAGAUGCUCAGGACUCUUGCAGGGCUAAGUCUUACUAUGAAGGCUCCAAGGGACAACGUAAGUUCUCACUAGGUGCUGUUAAACAUGAAGGACAAGUAUAUGCCUUACCGAGUGGUUCAGCCUAUGGCUACUCACAUGCUACACUACCCAAAGACCACCCAUCUAGAAGCAGAUGUCGAACCAUGGAUGUUCGAUCAAUGACUUUGUCCAGAGCUUCUAACAUUCAAGACCAUCAGAUUGUCAUGGGGCGCAAUGGAUGGGGAUACUCCCAUUUAGUAGUUGGCGGCAGCGGUGUCCGUACGCUACCACAAGCGAUGCACAAUGGGGAGCACUUCUUUAUCAGGACAGUUCCCAGUGGAGUCACUAAACACCAUGUAGCCUAUAGUCAGCAGCUUCUGAGUGCUCUUCCUUGCCUCAAGGUAGGGGCAGGUCAGGAUCAACUCCUAGAGGUUGGGGACACCCAUGUAGCCAUCAUGGAAUGGCUGGUAGUUAUCAGGGAUUCUGACAGUUGCCUCAAUAAACAGUUACUGAACAUUCUGAAAGCUUGUUGGAGCCGAGAGCCAUGUCCAGAGGCCAAUGACGUCCACUGCAUGCUGGAUAAUUGUGUGACAGAAGUUCCACUUUGAUGAGGGCAAAGGUCACUUAGCACCCUAGUUACCCCAAAAAACAUUAUUUUUGGAUGAUUAUUUUAGUACAAAAAUUGUCAGCUGCAAGAUGGCAAUUACAUGCAAGAGAAUGAUAAGACACUUUUCCUUUAAUCACCUUACCUAAAUAUUUCUGAGCAAAUAUUGAUCUGUUUUAUAGUAAAUUUUGUAUACUAAAAGUUUAUUUGUAAAUGUAUAUGAAACACUAUAUGCAGACAUUUUUUUUAAGAUUUGUGCUCACAUACAACUCACUCUAAAUCUUUUCAGUCCCUCUUGUACACAUCUACAAAAUUGAUUAAAAACAAUGAUGUGAUGAUACAGCAUUUCAUUGAGUGAUACAUACACAUUCCAUUAUUGUGUUUAGGGGGAUCACAAACAUACUUAUUGGUUAAAUUGGUAUGCAUGAACAUUUGCUUAAAGUUCUUUUAAUAAAGAUCCACAUAAAUGCAUAUUAUCAAAUUCCUUUCCGAAAUUCCCACACAUUUUAAAAACAUGUCUUUUUGGCCCCUUUUCUUCAUACCACCUUGAGAGUACACCAUAUCAAUCAGUAAGGAAUUAUAUUGAUUUGACUGGAAUAUAAGAUGUGUUUUUAACUACAUUUUGUUAUGCUGUCUCUAUGAAUGUCAGCUGAACAUCCAUUUCCCCAUGACUGGAAAAAAUGACAAUGUAGAUAUAUAUGAAUAACAUAUAGAUGUUUCAAUGUUAAGUAAAUGCCCAUUAUUUUUUUAGUUUAGGAGCGGUGUUAAAAUGAAACUGACAAAUGGUGCCACCAUGUUUUGAGAAUGAUUGCCUAUUAACACCCUGAUUUAGGUCUGUAAUUUGGAAGCUUCAACAUACUCUAACACCGUCUGCUGUGAAUUGUUACAGAAUGGCAUUGCUAGACAUCAGUAUGUGACAGGACAUUACCAGGUAAAGGAAUCUUAUCUAAGGUUUCCAAACUCCACAUUAUGAGCAUGAACAUGAUAUCCCUUGUAAACAUGAUAUGUAUCAUUGAUGAGGAUAUUGCAGAAUCUGCUCAUAUUUACCAAGAAGCAUCCAUCAUGUAUAUCAUUACAUCAGUGGUGUCUAGCUGCAUUAAUUAACUCAUCGGCAGUAAACCGAUCUGUGAAGUCUUGUGCUGACAUGGAGUGAACUCAAAGCACUAAUAUCCUGGAAUGUAGCUCGACAGACACUUACAAGACACCCUUAAUUAGUCGUCUAAGCUCUUGGAAUGACACCACCUUGGAGUGAGUCAUGGUGGGAAGCCACUGAAGGGGUUAUUAGCCAGGGGAUAGAUGGGGACAAUGUUAUGGUCCCAUGAUGGAGUAUGUGUAUACACUCUUUAGUAAGGAUGGGGUGUUGAGGUGUUUUGAUGUGGGACAGGAGUUUCUAGGCAAACCUAUAUUUACAAUUGCUUGUAUGUGUCCUGCGACUAUUAUACCUUCCAUGACAUAAAACAAUUUUGAUUGAAUCCAGGUUUCAAGAUUAUUAAGAAUAUUCGGUCCCCAGUUAUGAAGAAUCAUAUCAUAUAUAUUACUUAUAUCCGUUAAACUCUAAUCACCGGUACAUAUGUAUAAAAAUAGAGGGUGCAGUUCUCUCUUAUUGGUUUUGGAGUUAACAGUCACCAUGUCGUAAAAGUAUAUGGUUCUUUUACAAUAUAAUUGAAAUUCUUUAUAAGAUUAUAUUGUGUUUCUGAAAUACUUUCCUAUCAUGACAUUCGAUAAGAAAUGGAAUCGCCAGAAAGCUGAAUCAUUUGAUUCAACAUCUAGACACAUGAAAUCACUGUCUUUCCAAUCUGUUGUCAUAAAGCCGUUUGUAAUAUGUUGCAUAACUCUUACAACAUUUUUGUGUGUGGUAAAGUGGGGCAAAACAAAAACAACUCAUUAUUCUUAUUGGUACAAAGACAAAUGGGUGGUAUAAUGAUAGCCAUAUGGUUUAGUUAAACAUGGGUUAACUUAGACCACACUUUUACAAAGUGCCAGGUGUCAACUUAUUCCAAAUUAAGAAUUAUUGCUAUACUGCUGCAAAAAAAGUUAUCAAACAAUUAGCUGAGCUGUGAAAUGAGAAGAAUAUAGGAAAAUAUGAAAAUAUAAUGAAUUUUAAGAAAUAAGUUGAUACAUUAUAAUCGCCGUGAAUGUGGAAGAAAUAUUAUGAAACCCAGCAUUCCAUAGAAAUGUGCUUUAUAAUUCUAGUUUAGACUAGGGUUAAACCUAGGUUUGAUUAUCAGAAUACCACCUGUUAUGUUUUGGUCCAAUUUCAGAAGUUUUCCUCAUGAGGCAAAGUGGUCGCUUUGACCCAUAAGAAUGUGUUUGGUUAUGUAGAUGGUGUUUGGUAACAUGAGAAUCCUCUUGUUGAUACAGACAGAACCCUUCAAGGAAUCUCAACAAUAUGCAAUCAAGAUUUUCAGCUCCUUGAUUGCAAUCUCAUCGGCUACAAGAAUAUUAGUUUCAUUUACACUACAGAAAACUAAAGCUUAACUCUAAAUCUCCAAAAUAGUAAAAAUGAUAUAAAGGAUGAAAAUAAUAUUUGACAAAUUUAUUUAUGGAAUUUUUUCUUUACUACCUACUACAAAAAGUACUUGAAUAAAAUCAUUGGUUGGUGUUUGUCUCAAUAUUCUGGUCUUUAGAAGAUUAGUGAAAAUGUUUGACUUGACACUGGUAUGUUUAUGAUUGUUAAAGCAGGUAAAAUCACAUUACUUGGAUAAAACAAGAGCGUGACCUAUACUACAGAAGUCAUUUAACCAUCAACAUAUUCUUAAACAGGCUUUUGGAUUUUGAAUUUUCAGGAUAUUUAUUAGCUAAGUGGCUAGCUAAUUAAAGAUUUACCUAUAACUCUGAAAUGUACAC